CUGUGACGUUAGCGGGCCUGAAGGCGGAAGUGAAAUAUCAACAACCAGUCCGUCAGUGGGGUUUUUUUUUAGCACACAGACCAGAGUGGUGUACAGGUCUAUUUUAUUUUCGAAACAGGUGAGAGAGAUAUAUAUAGAAAAUAAACUCUAGCUGCCAUGUCUUUCUUCGGGAAAAUCUUCGGGGCCGGUGGGAAAGGGGACAAAGCCCCGACUGCUCAAGAUGCGAUCCAGAAACUCCGUGAGACGGAGCAGAUGUUGUCGAAGAAGCAGGAAUUUCUGGAAAAGAAGAUUGAGACGGAACUGCUGACAGCGAAGAAGAACGGAACGAAGAACAAAAGAGCUGCCCUCCAGGCCCUGAAGAGGAAGAAGCGCUAUGAAAAGCAGCUGGCCCAGAUUGACGGCACUCUGUCCACCAUCGAAUAUCAACGAGAAGCUUUGGAGAACUCCAACACGAACACAGAAGUGCUCAAGAACAUGGGAUAUGCCGCCAAAGCCAUGAAGAAUGCUCAUCAGAACAUGGAUAUAGACAAAGUGGACGAGCUCAUGCAGGACAUCACCGAACAGCAGGAGCUGGCACAGGAGAUCUCGGAUGCUAUUUCGAAACCGGUUGGCUUUGGAGAAGAGUUUGACGAGGAUGAAUUGCUUGCUGAACUGGAAGAGUUGGAACAGGAGGAACUGGACAAUAACCUGCUGGAAAUUAGUGGCCCAGAGAACGUCCCACUGCCCAGCGUGCCUGCAACAUCAUUACCCGCCCAACCAGCCAAAAUUAGAAAGGAGGAGGAUGAUGAUGAAAUGGAGGAGCUGAAGGCCUGGGCUAUGUGAACCAAGACCAAACUCCUGGACUGUCUAAUCUCUCGCUGUGGUGGACUGAUGUUCAGAUUGACUUGAACACCUUGAGAGUUAACGUUGCAAAAGCAAUUGUCAAGGGAAUUUUAGCUCCGAUUAAUGGCUUAGGCACAGAAACAUACAAACAAAAAACUAGUCCAUGGGGAUGUAAAAGAGGGUAUAAAAGCAAAACAAUCAAUCAGAUAAAAUUGUAUUUGUGAAACUAUUCUGCUAAUGUCUGCUUAUGGAUUUUUUUUUAUAUCAUUAUUAUUCUAUUGUUGCUCAGUUUCCCUUUUGAAUUGGAAUGUAAUCGUAUAGAUCCCACUUACAGACAUCUACCUCUAUCUGUUUAUUAAAACAUCUACAGCAAGUGGGAUUUACGGUAGCCCAUAUCCGGUCUGGGAAUGUAUCAUAGCUUUGUAUUUUCAUGGUGAUGACCAUGCUCGACAUGACCAUGCAUAUACAAGCGUCAUAUCUUUUGCAUGCCUGAGUUUCCAUUUUGAAGCAUCUUCAUUGACUGUUAUUAUACAGGGAAUAGAUUUCAGUCUGAUAAUAUAUUACAGUUGGUCUCUUAGUGCUUUUGUUUUAGGAGUGUUAUUUAAAAAUUCAGGGUUUUUGAUCUUUUUUUUUUUUUUUUUUUUACAUUUAAUAAAUGAGAGAAUCUUACACUAGACAAACAAAAUAAACAUUAAUAAUAAUAAUAAUAAUAAUAAUAAUAAUAAUAAAAGGAAAACUCUAUGCAUCACAAGUAGUUAUAGCCCAAAUUUCUUCAUCGACGUUUUAACAAAGUGCUGUGUCUUGCCUGAAACUAUCCUGCUGAAAUCUCGAAGCACGUCAAUCUGAUCUAUCACUAUCCAUUAGGGUUGAAGGGUUAUAAAGUUGAACUUUAAAGCUAUUUUUCUUUUCAUUUGUUUGAAAAAAUGAUCCCUAGGACUACGUGGACUUACUCUAUCUUUUGUAAAGAACCUGGGAUGUUACAGCGAGGUGUGUCAUGUAAAUUUGUAUGUUCAAGAUUCUUCCGAUGAGACUUUUAUUUCAACGCUCAUUAAACUGUUUGAUUAUU